ACUCUCCUUGCAGCGGCGGCCGCGGGUGCUGAGUCCGAGCUGCGGCGGCACGAGUCAUGGCUGGACAGGCUUUCAGAAAGUUUCUCCCGCUCUUUGACAGAGUAUUGGUUGAAAGGAGUGCCGAAACCGUGACCAAGGGUGGCAUCAUGCUUCCCGAAAAGUCUCAAGGAAAAGUAUUGCAAGCCACAGUAGUGGCUGUGGGAUCAGGCGCCAAAGGCAAGGGUGGAGAGAUUCAGCCAGUCAGUGUCAACGUUGGAGACCAAGUUCUUCUCCCAGAAUACGGAGGCACCAAAGUAGUUCUAGACGACAAGGAUUACUUCUUAUUUAGAGAUGGUGACAUUCUUGGAAAGUAUGUAGAAUGAAAUCACUGUUGAAAUGGUGUCACAUGAAGCUGCCCAUUCCGCUGACGGUCUGAACUAUUCAUCAUGUAAAUAAUUUCCAUGCCUCCCUUUUAUAAUAAACUGAUGAUGCCCAAACUAAAAAAAA